AAUUACACCAACCAUUGCUACCUCUAUGGUCUUGACUUCAGUGACCUUUGCUUACCAGGUUUCUUCUUUGUUCAUGAGACUACAGUCUAAUACAGUAUUACACUGGCGACAACACCAGCGGUCUCGACUACGAAAACAUAGUGCUUAGCCAAUAUAAUCGCGGCACCUUCACCAUCAGACAUGUCCCUCGAAUCCACGCCAAAACGCAAACGCGACGACUCCGACUCCGACUCCCCCGACCCGUCCCCCCGCGACCCCCGCCGCGACCCCAAGAAGAAGAAGGCAUCCUUCGUCGACUCGCGGGUCGUCUCCGGCAUGGACCUCCACUACGGGCAACGUGCCGCGCUGGGGAUCUGGGACGCGCUGGACCCGGACGACGAGGAGGGGACGAUGGCGCAGCAGUAUCUUCGUUCGGUACGAGUUGAAGCCGGGGGCAUCCCGCCGUUCCUCUCCGCACCCCUCCCCACCGAACCCGAGGACGAGGACGACGAGAUAGCGGACACGGAAGGCUUCUACACCGACGGCGCAUACGUCGCGCGCCCCGAACUCGGCCCCGUGAUCCCCCGCGACCUGCUACAUCACCACCCCGCCACCCAAGCGCGCGCCCUCCUCCGCACCUCUCUCCUAAUCCGCUUCCUCGAGCUGCGGAAACUCCUACAACGAAAACCGCCCAAGGACGCACUACGGGGCCUCACAGAGCUACAGCAGGAGCUGAUCUUCGGACAGCCGGCGAAGCAAACGUAUAAGACGAUCGUCCAGGACAGCGGCCCCAGCGCGGUGCGGACGGUGGUGGCGCUGAUGUCGACGGAGGGAGUGUUUCGGAUGCUCAAGGCGGUGAUGGCGCGGCUGUUGGGGAAGCGGGCGGUGGCGGAGGAGAAGGUUAGUGUAUGGGUGUGGAGUCUGAUGGCGAGGAUUCGGGAGGUGGGGUGUUUGGGGUAUGAGGAGGUGGGGGGGUUGCGAGAGGUGGCGAAGAAGGGGUUGGAGGUGAAGUUGAGGGGGGUGGUUGCGAGGGCGCAAUAUGAUGCGCGGGAAGAUGAGAUGGAUCGUGCUGUAGGAGCUGGUCACGAUCAAGGUGACGCGGAGCGUUCGAGUAAGGGCGAAGACGUCCGUUCCGCAGCUAACGAGAAGGGGGUACCAGAAACUGUUGGAGGAGAUAGCACCUCGGGUGGCCUCAAUACUACUGGUGAAGAGUCUGCACAGAUCCCCGACGGAACCACACUGGAAUCAUCAGGAGCAGCCGCGCAUUCAAGCAGCGGUAGACCACCGACGGCAUUGACGCUCACCACCGCUUCGGCAGCCGUUCAAGCCGCUGGAGCCUAG